GUUCAGCAUCGUGACUUGGAUGAAACCCACAAAAUUCGGCAAGUGAUGGAUACGCCCUCCAGCGGUUAAACACUCAACCCCCAGCCUACCCGCUUUCGGCUUUCUGCGGUCUAUUCCCGAGAUGCGGAACUGCAACCUCUUCUUCACCAACUGACACAUUGUGUGCGGCUCGGUUCCAUUGAUCAUGAGUGAGAGGGUUUUCUUGAAGCCGCGACAGCCGCGACGGCUCAUCCUUCAUCCUGCCAUCGCCUACGACCUCGUUGACCCAACCUAAACUCUAGAAAGCUGCGUUCACCUCGGCACCCUCGGCAUAUCCAGCAGUCAGGACUCCUAGCGAGUGAUCACAAGCCCCUGAAGGUUACGCGGAAACUCCACAGGACCACCGGGGAAAGUUUACCCCAAUAACGACGAAGCAGGAUGGCGGCCCAGGGCACGCCGCAAGAGGACCUCGGCGAGAUCUACAAGUUCGCCAUACAGAUAGCCAAGGACGCCGGCAAUAUACUGAUGGCCGGCGUGGAGAAGCGGUGCUCGGACGAGGGGGCCGCCAGCGAGGAGCAGGUCGAGAAGGACUCGUCCGUCGACAUCGUCACCAAGACAGACCAGGAGGUCGAAGCGUCCAUCUAUGCAGCCAUCAGAGCGAAAUAUCCCAACCACAAAUUCGUGGGCGAGGAGUCGUACUCUGCGGGGGCGACGCGGGACUACCUCAUUGACGACGCGCCCACGUGGUGCGUGGACCCGCUCGACGGGACCGUCAACUACACGCAUCUGUUCCCCAUGUUCUGCGUCUCGGUCGGUUUCGUCGUCGGCCGCGAGGCCGUCGUCGGCGUCGUCUACGCCCCCUUCCUCGGCCAGCUCUUCUCGGCGUGCCGCGGGAGGGGGGCGUGGCUCAACGAGACGCAACGCCUCCCGCUGGUCCGGAGCCCGCAGGUGCCCGCCAUGCCUCCUCAGGCGCCCAAGGGCUGCGUCUUCUCGUGCGAGUGGGGCAAGGACCGCAGGGACGGGCCAGAGGGGAACCUGCGCCGCAAGGUCGAGAGCUUCGUCAAUAUGGCCGCCGAGGUCGGCGGCCGCGACGGGCUGGGCGGCAUGGUGCAUGGCGUGAGGUGUCUGGGCAGCGCCGCGCUCGAUCUGGCAUACACCGCCAUGGGAUCGUUUGACAUAUGGUGGGAAGGCGGCUGCUGGGAGUGGGACGUUGCGGCAGGCAUCGCCAUCCUCCAGGAGGCCGGUGGUCUUGUCACUACGGCCAACCCGCCGCAAGGCUUUGAGACCGCAUCCAUCCCAGAAGUCAGUCUGGGAAGCCGCCUUUACCUUGCAAUCAGACCUGCUGGCCCUUCCCCCACAGAGACAGGGCGACAGUCUCAAGAGAGAGUUGUCCGCGAGGUCUGGAAGCGCGUAAAAAGCCUCAACUACACCCGACCUGGCAUCUAAAUGAAGAUGGCUUUUGGGUGGUGAGGCAUAAAGACGUGAGGAGAUCCAACGCUGACCCUCCUGCAUGUCUCGGGAAUCUAGCAGAUGCAAAUAGUAGUCGAGAGAAAUGAUUUCAUAUACAAUAAGCAAGCAACACAAAUAUUCACCCAAUCACUAAACGUCAUAGGCCUCAAAGGCAAAAAGUUGAGAAGUGAAGAGCAUAUGAAUAGAUGGAAGAGGGGACGAACCACGCCUGUAUGCUUCAUAGUCGGAUCAUAGUCAGCUGCAGUUUU